AAAGCGAUUUUCUAAAUAGCACUGCAAAAAAAAACGCAAAAUCAAUGUGAUUCUACGGCGAAAAUCUCAGUGAAAAAUCAGGUUUUCCAGUAUUAGCCAGUAGUUAGUAAGCAGCUCGUAAUUGUAGAUCAAAAAAAUACGUAACAAAGUGAUAUUAUGUUUUAACAAAGCAAAAAUCUCAUGCCGACAGAUUCCUUCCACUUAACUUAGCGAGAUAUUUAAGUAAUAAAUAUCAUGGAAUUAUAUCACGAUGAGUACUCCGUUUUUUACGAGUACGACGACGAGGACUCGAAAGACCGCCGGAAUGGUCAAAAAACCCUUGAGAACGAUGAAAUUCCAGUGUCGGAGGUCAAUGACGGGGAAAUGCCAGUGCAGGAAACGGCAGACUCGGACUUUGAUGAAGACUACGACGACGAUGAGGGCAACGAGGAACACUUUACGAACUCCUGUGAUGACGAAGAUCUCGAUGAAAAUUCACAAAUGACGGGCGGUCACAAUUCCAGCAAUUGCGAAACGCUUGAAAAUGUCGAUGGGACGUAUCGUUGUCCGCUGUGCCCGAAGGAAGUCGUGUCGAAAUACAAUCUGAAACGCCACAUGAUGAUCCACACGGGCGAAAAGCCCCACAAAUGCGACACCUGCUACAAGGGAUUUCGCGAACAAAGUGACUUACGGAAACACAUGAAGGUGCAUGUCUACGGAAACCGCCUUUUCGAGUGCAACAUUUGUUUCCGCUCGUAUCUCUCAUACAAAUCUGUCAAGUGCUACUAUUGUGAAGGCGACGACGAGGACGCUCCGCCUCCAAAUACCUACGAAGAAGAUCCGACAAAGCUGUAUAAUUGCUUUUUGUGUUCCGCGACGCAGCUGUCAACGACACAAUUAAAGCAGCAUCUCGUUCAAAUCCAUCCAGCGACAAGUCGCGUCACGUUCGGCAAUGGAAGCAGUCAGAAUGGAACCGUGUCGAAUACAAAUGGUGCCGCAAAAAGCAGUAUUACAAGUUCAACUUUGUCGAAAAAUGCGACCAAAAGUGCCGAUGACAUGGAAAAAAUUCACAAAUGCAAUGUUUGCUCGAAGGCUUUCAGGAGCAAGCAAUUCCUUAUGUUGCACACAUUGACACAUGCCAACAACAGAAUCGAAUCAGCCUUUUAAGAAUAUACUUUUUAAGACUUUUAAAUUAAAGCUUUUAGCGUUUUAAAGAUAAAUCUAAUGAUCUAUGAGACAGAGAUAUUUUUACACACGUAAAUGUUACAUUCCUUAUUAGAGUUAAACGAAAAGAUAUUAGAUUAGAUCAAGAGAAGAUAUUCUUGUAUCUUAUUUCACAGCGAAAAUUUCAUAUUUAAUAAAGAAAAUUAAU